AUGACCGAGGUGAUGAACUCUCUUGAGCCUGGUGCGGAAGACUUCAGCGGGGGUGGAGCUGGAGCAGAUCAGGGCGCAAUCUUCCCAGAUACCCAUGAAAGGUAUCCAAAGCUGUCCAAGAGGCUUCCCUCCAUCGUGGUCGAGCCGAUGGACGGAGCCGAGGUGGAGAGCGGCGAGCUCCGCUGGCCGCCGGACGAGCCGAGCUCUCCGGACGCCCAAACUGUGAGGCCGAGUGCAGACGAACAAACUGCAGAUGAGGACCAGUCGAAUGUCGGCGUGGACGAAGAGGCCUCAGGGGCGGAGAUGCAGGACUCCAACUGA